CGCCCGCUGCCGCCGCUCUAUGGUGGCGGGGCGCGGCCGCUCUGGGCGGGGGAGGGUUUCAUCUCGUUGCUCGCGAGUCCGCCCGGCCCCUCCGCUUCCGGUUCCGCCGCCGCCCCCGCAGCGGUGUUUUAAGGAACUGGAACCAUGACGGACUCCAAAUACUUCACGACCAAUAAAAAAGGAGAGAUUUUUGAAUUGAAGGCUGAACUCAACAAUGAAAAGAAAGAGAAGAGGAAAGAAGCUGUAAAGAAGGUUAUUGCAGCCAUGACUGUGGGGAAGGAUGUCAGCUCUCUGUUCCCUGAUGUUGUCAACUGCAUGCAGACUGACAACCUGGAGCUGAAGAAGCUGGUCUACCUGUACCUGAUGAACUAUGCCAAAAGCCAGCCAGACAUGGCCAUCAUGGCUGUCAACAGCUUUGUGAAGGACUGCGAGGACCCGAACCCCCUGAUCCGCGCGCUGGCCGUGCGCACCAUGGGCUGCAUCCGCGUGGACAAAAUCACCGAGUACCUGUGCGAGCCCCUGCGCAAGUGCCUGAAGGAUGAGGACCCCUACGUGAGGAAAACUGCAGCUGUCUGUGUGGCCAAGCUCCAUGACAUCAAUGCCCAGAUGGUGGAGGACCAAGGGUUCCUGGAUUCCCUGCGGGAUCUGAUUGCAGACUCCAAUCCCAUGGUGGUAGCCAACGCCGUGGCCGCCCUGUCAGAGAUCAGUGAGUCCCACCCCAACAGCAACCUGCUGGAUCUGAACCCUCAGAACAUCAACAAGCUGCUGACAGCCUUAAAUGAGUGCACAGAGUGGGGGCAGAUCUUCAUCCUGGACUGUCUGUCCAACUACAACCCCAAGGAUGACCGGGAAGCUCAGAGCAUUUGUGAGCGGGUGACCCCCCGGCUGUCUCACGCCAACUCAGCAGUGGUGCUGUCAGCAGUGAAGGUCCUGAUGAAGUUCCUGGAGCUCCUUCCCAAGGAUUCUGAUUAUUACAACAUGCUGCUGAAGAAACUUGCCCCUCCUCUGGUGACCCUGCUGUCUGGAGAGCCUGAAGUUCAGUAUGUUGCCCUGAGGAACAUCAACUUGAUUGUGCAGAAGAGGCCUGAAAUCCUGAAGCAGGAGAUCAAAGUGUUCUUUGUGAAGUACAACGACCCCAUCUAUGUCAAACUGGAGAAACUGGACAUCAUGAUCCGCCUGGCCUCCCAAGCAAACAUUGCCCAGGUCCUGGCAGAGCUCAAGGAAUACGCCACCGAGGUGGACGUGGACUUCGUGCGCAAGGCCGUGCGCGCCAUCGGCCGCUGUGCCAUCAAGGUGGAGCAAUCUGCAGAGCGCUGUGUGAGCACCCUGCUGGACCUCAUCCAGACCAAGGUGAACUACGUGGUGCAGGAGGCCAUCGUGGUCAUCAGGGACAUCUUCCGCAAGUACCCCAACAAGUAUGAGAGCAUCAUUGCCACUCUGUGUGAGAACCUGGAUUCCCUGGAUGAGCCAGAUGCCAGAGCCGCCAUGAUCUGGAUAGUGGGGGAAUAUGCUGAAAGAAUUGACAAUGCAGAUGAGCUGCUGGAGAGUUUCCUGGAGGGUUUUCACGAUGAAAGUACUCAGGUGCAGCUCACUCUCCUGACUGCAAUAGUGAAGCUGUUCUUGAAAAAGCCUUCUGAGACACAGGAGCUGGUCCAGCAGGUCCUCAGCCUGGCCACACAGGAUUCUGACAACCCAGACCUGCGGGAUCGUGGCUACAUCUACUGGCGCCUUCUUUCCACGGAUCCAGUGACUGCCAAGGAAGUGGUGCUCUCAGAAAAGCCACUGAUUUCUGAGGAGACUGAUCUGAUUGAGCCAACCCUGCUGGAUGAGCUGAUCUGCCACAUUGGGUCUCUGGCUUCUGUGUACCACAAACCACCCAACGCUUUCGUGGAGGGCAGCCACGGCAUCCACCGCAAGCACCUGCCAAUCCACCAUGGGAGCACUGAUGCUGGUGACAGCCCUGUGGGCACCACCACCACCACCAACCUGGAGCAGCCACAGGUCAUCCCAUCCCAGGGUGACCUCCUGGGGGACCUCCUCAACCUGGACCUGGGACCCCCUGUGAAUGUGCCCCAAGUGACCACCAUGCAGAUGGGUGCUGUGGACCUCCUGGGAGGAGGGCUGGACAGCUUGCUUGGCAGUGACCUUGGCGGGGGCAUUGGAGGAAGCCCGGCAGUGGGACAGACCUACAUUCCCUCCUCUGUUCCAGCCACCUUUGCCCCUUCUCCCACCCCAGCAGUGGUCAGUGGACUCAACGAUCUCUUUGAGCUCUCAUCUGGCAUGGGGAUGGCUCCUGGAGGAUAUGUGGCUCCCAAGUCUGUUUGGCUGCCUGCAGUGAAAGCUAAAGGAUUGGAGAUCUCAGGCACAUUCAGCCACAGGCAGGGACACAUCUACAUGGAGAUGAACUUUACCAAUAAGGCUUUGCAGCACAUGACUGACUUUGCCAUUCAGUUCAAUAAGAACAGCUUUGGAGUCAUCCCAAGCACCCCCCUGGCCAUUCACACACCUCUGAUGCCAAACCAAAGUAUUGAUGUCUCUCUGCCCCUCAACACUCUGGGACCAGUCAUGAAGAUGGAGCCUCUGAACAACCUCCAGGUGGCUGUGAAAAACAACAUUGAUGUCUUUUACUUCAGCUGCCUAAUCCCUCUCAACGUGCUUUUCGUGGAGGAUGGCAAAAUGGAGCGCCAGGUCUUCCUUGCAACAUGGAAGGAUAUUCCAAAUGAAAAUGAGCUUCAGUUCCAGAUUAAAGACUGUCACCUGAAUGCUGACACUGUCUCCAGCAAGCUGCAGAACAACAAUGUCUACACCAUUGCCAAGAGGAACGUGGAGGGGCAGGACAUGCUCUACCAGUCCCUGAAGCUCACCAAUGGCAUCUGGAUCCUGGCUGAGCUGCGCAUCCAGCCCGGGAACCCCAACUACACGCUCUCCCUGAAAUGCCGAGCUCCAGAAGUGUCCCAGUACAUCUACCAGGCCUACGAUGCCAUCUUGAAAAACUAACAGGAGGUGGAGCCUGUGCCUCACCCUGCAGAAGGAGGGGGGAAAAGGGGACCCCAGAGCCUCCUUCACCGCCAGCGCAGGGAAGAGCACUCCUAACUGGAAGCAGCUGUAUUCAUGUGUAGGAUUGCAGUCAAAGGCACUGAUUAAACAAGGUAGCAAUUAGUAUCCACGUGCUAAUGAUGAUAGGGAACAAACCCCUUUGGUAUUUUUAGCGUCCAUGGAGUUUGUAACCACUGCUUCAAACUACUCCCAUGUGCCCCUCGCCCCUCACUCAUCCUUUCUCGUGGGCUUCUCUCCAUUUUGUGCCAAUGUUCAGUGUUUUCUAAAUGGCUUUAGGUGUAGUUUGGAUUUUGUAAAAUAACUGCUCAUUGGAAAAACAAAAAAACACCGAGCAAAAACCACACAUCUGCUCAUUAAAACAAGGCAAAAGUGUCGAAAACAUAA